UUUUGCGACCGACUCGGUAAAAUUAUCAGUGAAAGAUAGUGUAGAAAAUCUGAUCAGUGAUCUUAUCUGAACGAUAUAACAGCAUUUUGGACUAUCUUGCCCAUUCCUUUCGGCGCAGUACGUUUCAGUUUGUAAAUACAUCUAGCAAUCGAAGAGGCAGUACAAUUUCGCACCUUCCGGCACGGUGUCAGCUUUCUAAAAAAUCUCGUCGAUAGAGGGAUUUGUAGGUGUGAAAAUUUUACAAGGUGCCUGUAAGACGUAAUCCCACGAUCGCGUUUGUUAGAUCUGAUCAUCUAAUAGCGCCUUUUCACUAGAAUCGUAACGUUUACCAACGGUGACGCUUCCGAACGGACAAGCGCGUCACUCAUUCCAGUUCAACCGCACCGGAUCCCGGAACCAACCGUCAAAAUUAGCGGAGAAGCAAGAACACGUAAAAUGUCCUUUAGCUCGGACUCGCCGGAUGCAAAGAAGCCCUGCAAGGGUAUUCUGAAAUCUUCCAGCAGCUUCGACAAACACUCAUCGGCGGCAUCUUCUGCACAUCGGAAAAGCGCCAAAUUCGACGAACUGAACGUAUUACAAACGUACCACCCGCCGGACAAAGACUAUGGUCACAUGAAGGUGGACGAACCCAAAACACCGUAUAACUACGUGGAGGAAGGGGACGUCGAUCAGCUCGACGCCGAACUGCUGGCAGAAAGAUUGCGCGUGGCAGCUAACUCGAAAGAAGAGUCCGCAUCAGAGGAAGAAUCCGAGGAAGAAGAGGAAGAGUUAACUGAGGAACAGAAAAAGCGCAAAGUUGAAUUCGAACGGCGCCGAAAGGCGCAUUACAACGAGUUCGAGGCGGUCCGGUUGGCACGCAAACUCAUCGAGGAGGACGAAGACGAUGAGGACGACAACGUAGAGACGGAUGGUGCGGCCAAUAGUGGUACCGCCGCCGGUACAAGCAAUGCAACUGAAUCGACGGUACCGACACAGGCCGCGAAAGGUGACACAUGCAUGGAAGUGGAGGAGCCGGACGACAGCGCGCGAAAGCCGAAGCUGUCCACUCCUGAACAUCAGGCCACUCGGUUAAAACCAGGUAUGGAGGAAAUCGUCUAGACGCACGGCGUUAACGAUAUCCGCGCGCGGUAUGUGUGCCCGGAAAAUAAAUGUUUCCAUGCUGAGGACGUCGUUUGUGAUGUGUUCAGCUCACUAACGCAAACAAGCAAACACCUUGCGCACGUUUGCGCCACACGUGUAACACAAUGUGGAAUAUUUCCCAAAACAAGACGCAAGGCUACACCACUCUGCCACUUUGUAACUUCUAUAGACGGCGUAUAGCCUGGUAUGCACGCAAACAGAGAAGGCAGAAGUUUUAUCUAUUUUAUUUUUAUACACAUUGAAAUGCGCUUCCCGUGUUGUGUACCGCUUCGGAUGGAAUGGAUCUCCAGCGUGCUGAAAUUUUAUAUAUAAAAUACCGCAAUGCAGUUAAACUAGACACUACUCUAAUUGUUCGAACAUUGUACGAAAGUUACAGUCAAACAUAAGCAAUCAAACGUAGAACGAUUUCGUUCGUACAACAUAAAUACUUCAGGCAUACUUUAAACAUCACGUCAUUAUUGGUUUACGAUAAAUCGUUCGCGAUCAUAUCGAUCGUGUAAUGAAAUAUUUCACUAGUCAAUUGACGACGUAAACGCCUACUUUGACCCACCUUCCCGUCGAUUUCUGCGAUCUUCUAAUGUAUUUUCUUUUCUUUCAUUUCUUUUGCUGUAUUUCCGUUUCUCUAUCAAAACUCACACUGUUUGUUGAUUAAUGGCUACUGACAAAAUUAAAAUCACAAAUUAUGUUUCUUCAUUAUUUAUAUAACUACCCUAUACGCCCGACUCUUGUGUGUUGUACCUAUGUUCGUCCUGGCUCCAGUUCACUCUAGCUCGGCAAUUCUUGAGGAAAGCUCCGAGCUAAGUGGACCCCGCAGCUCGGUUAUCGCAUUAAUAAUGCUCGUGUCCAUUGGAUUGAUGAUCUUUUUUAUAGUUUGCUUUACGUUACUGUUUUUUUUGGUGAGAAACAGCA